AUGAAGAUACACGACUCGAGCUAUGGUGUCGGAUCAGAUGAAGAAGACUUCUUCAGCGUUUAUCACCAGAGUGCCGCCGCAAACGCACUACUCUACGUCGGUUUAGGAACGACAGCCAUCGGCAGCGUCAUCUUCUUCGUGGGAACUGGGGAAAAGGGCUUCAAAACCUUAGAAUUAAGACUUAUCGGACCUACUCUAAUAGCAUGCGGCCUACUGUGUUGCCUAAUACGAGUGUUGUUAUGUGCCGUACCCUCUACGUGUUUUAGAAAUCGAAAAAAGACUAGACUAAAAAGUAACGCUUGUCCUCACGGAUCCAAUAGGUAUCUAUCGACAAAGUUUAGUUGUGCACAUGAAUCCGACUUCGUAAAUGUAGAUAAGACAUCCCAUAGAAAAAGCAAAAAGAAAGUUUCCAUAGUUCCGCCAGUACCGCCUAACCAUUCGUUGCCUAGUACUAGUACCGCUGAAUACAAGGAGCUACCUCAGUCGACCACCAAGAUCUCCAUACCCGAAAUCCAUUUGCCGAAUAGCUUCAGCGACGACGGGGAUAAGUCUCCGCGAGAGGACUCCAUCAUUGAGCUACAGGCUUUAGACUUAACCUACGAUAUCCAGAGCAUCUCCAGCUCGGAUAGCGAUAGCAAAGGGGCAACUGAGGCAGAAAAAGCAGCUUCGAAGUUUAUAAAAUCGCGAGAACCAGUAAACAGUUAUGUUGACAAUACCGAAACUUGUUUAAGUAUAGUUCUGGAAAGAAACGAUAAUAGUGAAAGUAGUGAUGGAGACAAAAAAGGUCAUAGCAGUGAAAAACAGACGCACAGCGGUAUUGUACUAAGUCCUUUACAGUUAGGACAAUAAUUUAUUGUUUAUUUAUUUAAAAUAAUUACAGAUUUGACAAAUAUUAGAUCGGAUUUUUGUCCUUCUGAAAAUCUACUUGCACAGUUCAUGACA